AAGGUUGAGAAACCCUCUUCUGGAGGAACUUCACUGCAGCUCUAAAGCAAGUUUGAAGCCAGCUAGAUCAAUAGUUCUAGACUUAGAACCAGGAGACCUGGGUUCAAAUUUGCCACCUGACCUCAGAGUUUGGGAGGGGGGCAGUCAGGCUCCCUCAGCCUACCUUAUAAGAUUGUUGCUGUGGGGAUAAAAUUAGGGGAGACUCUCAUAAGUCUCACUAAGCACCCAGAGGAAAGGUGAGCAUCUGUUGAGCUUUGCUUCCAGGAGUUUCUUGAGAUGCCAUGCAGCAACAGGACAUGAUGGACCUGCUUAAAAUUCGUCUCCCGGUUUCUAAGCCCUGGAGGCUUCUCCCCUUUCUGCUCCAGAUCUCUCCAACGUAGCUACAGCAUUCAAACCCGUUGAUCAUGCCCUCUUUGGCACUAUGUAAAUCUGAAAGUACUUUCAGAAGAGCAGCCGAAACUGUUAGCCUACAUUAAUCACCUCUUCCUUCCCUCUGGCCCCAGAUAGCUUGCAGCUGGGAGAAAUUCAAAAGCUUCAUCUCUUCCUUGGGCAUUGCAGGGUUUGUAUCAGCUUAAAGGGGAGCUGAUUGGCUGCCUGAUUACCUAAGGCAGGUGAGAGAAGGCUGGCCGGCUGGGGUUGGGAUAAAAAGGACCCUUGGCAGCUGUUGGUCUCUUAUGGGGGUUCCUUGAACAGACACGAUGAGGCUCUUACAGAAUCUGGCCAUGGUUUUAGCUUGCUGGGUAAUUGGAGAAGUAGCUUCCUUGGAUCCCUGGAGUUAUGUUAGAGGGCAUGCCAACACUCCUGCUCCUGCAAGGCAGUUUUAUCUACCUUCUGGGAUUGAGACUUACCCUCAAGCUUGGGUAGAUGCUUCUCAGCCACGAGCCUUGUCCCUCCUGACACCUGUGGUGGCCCAGUGUGGAGAGGCCCAGGUGGUGGUGACUGUGAAAAGAGACUUGUUUGGCACAGGGAGACUCAUCCAGGUAGAGGACCUAAGCUUGGGCCCAGCUGGCUGUCGGCCCACAUCCUUCAACGCUGCUGAGAACACGGUGAUCUUUGAUGUUGGCCUUCAUGAAUGUGGGAGUCUCUUGCAGAUGACUCCAGAGUUUCUAGUCUACAGCAUCAGCCUUCAUUACAAGCCAACCCCUUCCUUCAACGCAGUCAUUGUAAGAACCAGCCCAGCUGAAGUCCCCAUUGAGUGUCACUAUCCAAGGAAGAACAAUGUAAGCAGUAAUGCAAUCAAGCCAACGUGGAUCCCCUUCACGUCAACAAUUUCUGCGGAAGAAAAGCUUCGCUUCUCUUUGCAUUUGAUGAAUGAUGACUGGAGUGCAGAGAGAGCGUCCAAUGGCUACCAACUGGGGGAAGCGAUGUACAUUCAGGCUGAAGUAAACACAGAAAACCACACACCUCUCCGACUCUUUGUUGAUAGCUGUAUGGCCACGCUGAGCCCAGGGCCAGAUUCCACUCCCCACUAUCCCAUCAUUGAUUAUAAGGGCUGCCUGGUUGAUGGGAGAUUGGAUUCCAACUCAGCCUUCUUAUCACCAAGGCUCAGGGAUGAUUUACUCCAAUUCACAGUAGAUGUCUUCCGUUUCACUGAAGAUCCACGAGAUCUGAUCUACAUCACUUGCCAUUUGAAAGUGGCUGCAGCUAGCCAAGCCCCUGAUCCUGAGAACAAAGCUUGCUCCUUCCAUCAAGCUAGUAAUGCCUGGAUUCCAGUUGAAGGUACCACAGAUAUCUGCUCCUGCUGUGAAACUCGGAAUUGUGUUCAAAGUACGGGCCAAAGAAGUGACCUGUGGAACAGAUGGGGAAGGAGAUUGGGCAGAGAUGUGGCUGCUAAAUCUGAUAAAUCAAAGGAGGUAGAUGCUGAUGUGAUACUUGGUCCCAUUCUCAUUCUUGAUUCAUACAUGACCUCGAGGAGUCUGCCUGACCAUCAGAAUAAGGUGGACUCAUCAGCAGAACAUGGGUUCUUCCGAACUCCUUGGAUGCUGGUGGGGAUCAUCCUGGUAGCCCUUGCUACAAGCUUGGCACUGACCGCUCUGGGAAUCCUUUGUACUAGGAAAAGACGUUCCAAUUCUCCUUAAGAUGUUGUGUAACGUGGAAGGAUGUUAAAAUAAACAAAGAGUUAAAAUGA